AAAAAACUUCUCACCCAAAAGCGCAAAAUCAGAUCGCCAACGCUACUAAACCUGCUGGCCCAAUUUCAUUCCUCCUCCUCCCCCCUCUCUCUCUCCCUAUUUAUGAUCACUCCCCAUCUUUCCCCGACUCUCAUUUAUUAGGAGGGAUUUCCAUUUUUCCAUGCAAUGCCUAACCCACCAUUUCAAAUUUAUUUAUAUUUAUUUAGCCAUGACGCCCCACUUUGAAUCUUAAUUCGUAGGAAGACACAAAACAUCGAAUUAUAAUGGAGCUUGCUUUUCCGGUGGCGGUUGCAAUUUGCGCGACGGCGGCCUACGCGGUGUGGUUCCUGCGGCUGCGUAGGGGGCUGCGGGGGCCGCGCGUGUGGCCGCUGGUCGGGAGCCUGCCGGGGCUCGUGCGGAACGCGGAGCGCAUGCACGAGUGGAUCGCCGGGAACCUGCAGGCGACGGGAGGGACGUACCAGACGUGCAUCUGCGCGGUGCCGGGGGUGGCGCGGCGCGCGGGGCUGGUGACCGUCACGUGCGAGCCGCGCAACCUGGAGCACGUGCUGAAGGCGCGGUUCGACAACUACCCGAAGGGCCCGACGUGGCACGCCGUGUUCGGGGACCUGCUGGGCGACGGCAUCUUCAACACCGACGGCGAGGCGUGGCUGCUGCAGCGCAAGACGGCGGCGCUCGAGUUCACCACGCGCACGCUCCGCCACGCCAUGUCGCGGUGGGUCUCGCGCUCCGUCCAUCUCCGCCUCCUCCCCAUAUUGGCCGACGCCGCCGACGCAAGGGCCCCCCUCGACCUCCAGGACCUGCUCCUGCGCCUCACCUUCGACAACAUCUGCGGCCUCGCCUUCGGCAGGGACCCGGAGACGCUCGCGCCGCCGCUGCGGGAGAAUGCGUUCGCUGCGGCGUUCGACCGCGCCACGGAGGCCACCCUCCGCCGCUUCAUAUUCCCGGAAUUCGUGUGGCGGUUCAAGAAGCUGUUCCGGCUGGGGAUGGAGUCCGCGCUCGCCGACGGCGUCGAGCACGUGGAGCGGUACCUCUCUGCCGUGAUCGAGGCACGCAGGCUCGAGCUCAAGUCCGGCGCCGAUCACGACGACCUUCUCUCCCGCUUCAUGAGGAAGGGCUCUUACUCUGACUCUUUCCUUCAAGAGGUGGCGCUCAAUUUUAUCCUCGCUGGUCGCGACACCUCCUCAGUCGCUUUAAGCUGGUUCUUCUGGCUCGUCUCCACCCACCCCGCCGUCGAGCGCCGCAUCCUCACGGAGCUCGCCUCCGUCCUCUCCGCCUCCCGCGGAACCGACACCACCGCGUGGCUCGCGUCCCCGCUGGCCUUCGAGGAGGCCAACCGCCUCGUCUACCUCAAAGCCGCCCUAUCCGAGACCCUCCGGCUGUACCCCUCCGUCCCCGAGGACUCGAAACACGUGGUGGCCGACGACAUCCUCCCCGACGGGACAUUCGUCCCCGCGGGAUCGUCAAUCACGUACUCCAUCUACUCCGCGGGCCGCAUGAAGUCCGUGUGGGGCGACGACUGCCUCGAGUUCCGUCCGGAGCGGUGGCUCACCCCGGACGGCAAAAGCUACGAUCCGCACGACUCGUUUAAGUUCGUCGCGUUCAACGCCGGCCCGCGAAUUUGCCUCGGCAAGGACCUCGCGUACCUGCAAAUGAAGACCGUCGCCGCCGCGGUUCUUCUGCGGUACACUCUCGCGGUGGUCUCCGGCCACCGCGUCGAGCAGAAGAUGUCGUUGACGCUCUUCAUGAAGCACGGGCUCAGGAUGAGCGUGGAGAAUCGUGACCUCGGCUCAAUUGUCGGCAAGCUCCGGCCGACUUUGCCGGCGACGGCGGAGGGGAAUGCUGUUGCUGCUUAAAUUCUGUGUUUUAAUUAUCUCAAAUUUAAUAAAUUUGGAGUGCUCAAGUUUGAAUUA